GAGCCUUAUUUCUCAUGUCAGUCAAAGAGUUCGAUGCGGACAUAAUUGCUAUUUUGUGUGCACCGAUGUGCGUUUAAGGGACAUUUAUCAGUUCAAGUUUAGGGGACUAGGCUACGACCAGUUUUUAUGGAAAACAAAGAUAAUUUAACCUGCCAUGACAUAGUCACUGUCUCGUCCGGGAAUCCCUAUACGUCCGCGGCAAUGUUCUCUGCUGAUGUACUUGGCAAUUUAAUCGCCUUGGUCCUUUUGGAGAUGGGGCGCCGGCGGCAAAGUCCAUCCUUCUUCCAUGUGCUCGUGACCGCGCUGAUGAUUACGGAUCUACUAGGUACCUUCUCCGUCAGUCCUCUUGUACUAGCCUCUUAUACACAAAACAGGACCUUGGUGGAUAUGAGUAAAAACAGAGCAGUAUGCGUCUACUUUGGGUUCAGCAUGACUUUUUUCAGCCUCGCCACUUUGGCAAUUGUGUGCACAAUGGCUUUGGAGCGCUACCUCUCCUUUGGACAGCCGUACUUUUAUGAGCGGCACUUGACAAAGCGCUGCGGAUACAUCAUCAUUCCACUCAUCUAUCUGGUCUGCGUCGUCUUCUGCCUAGCACCUUUUAUGGGCUUUGGAGACUACGUUCAAUAUUGCCCGGGGACUUGGUGCUUCUUUGACAUGAACCCAACCGAGACCAAACACAAAGUAUACGUCGGUGUGUAUGCGUCAUUGGCUCUUAUCAUGAUUUCGACGACAGUAGUUAGUAACCUAUUUGUCGUCUACCACUUGUUUAUAAUGUAUCGGAGGUGCAAUGCACACGGUGGGAGAGUUACGCGACAGAUACGCUUCUACCAAAAAUCCCUCUCGAUGACUGAGGAAGUGGAGCAUCUUCUGCUACUGGUGUUCAUAACGGUGGCUUUCGUUAUCUGUUCGUUUCCUUUAGUGGUCCGUGUAUAUGUCAACUUAAUAGGCAGGUCAAAGGAGAGCCAUGACGCUGAUCUCGCUGCUCUUCGCCUGCUGUCCUUCAACUCCAUCAUCGACCCCUGGGUCUUCAUCAUCCUCACCCCAUCAGUGCUGCGCUUCAUCUGGAGGAAGCUGACACUGUGUAAGGCCCAGAGGCCUCCAGAGGCCCCCACAUUCUCCCAGGAAAAGGCUCUCCCAGUUGGGCCCAAACUCCCUCCGCCAAGCCCACUCAUCGAGCUCCAGAACGACGAAGUGGAGGGAGUGAACAAGACAUAGGGCACGUUAGAGCGGAUCACUUUUGUCAAGUCGUUGACCAUCAUUGGUCACCGUCUUUCAAAGCGUGUUGCAUUAUGGUUAUAAAAAUGGUCCGACUUGCAACUACAUGACGACUGCAUGAACUUGAAAAAAAUAAUGUGAUCAAAUGUCAUGCAGUUUUUGAUGAAGUUGCCUUCAAGUCGCUGCAGUUGCUUCUCACCAACUGCACCAUGCAAAUUGUAGAGAUUUUUUUUCAAUUGAUCAUGUAAAAUUAAC